GUAGAAGAAGAAGAAGAAGAAGAAGCGCAGCAAUAACUGUCGCAUGUUAUUAGCAUCAUUGCUAGCUUCACAAUAUCUUAAAUGAAGUGCACUAAGGAGAGUGUGGAAGGGUUUUACUUUAAGCACUUAUACAGGGAGUGAACACGCAUUUGGGAUUCAGAUUGGUUGUGUGAAACGCAGGGACGUGAGAGUGAAUUUAAAAGCUCAUUUAUAAAAAAAAAGAUGCGCGUGAGAUAAAAAAAGAAAAGAAAAGUAAACAGUGUCUUUAUAUAUUUUAAUAAAGGCUUAGCCAUGAAAUCAGACGUGGAGGAGUUAAUGCCCAGACUUUUACCCGUGGAGCCACACGAUGGAGAAGAUGAAGAAUAUAAUCUGAACGAACCACCAAGAAAUCCGAAGGAGUAUCUCAGACAGGUUCAACGGGAAGCAUCGCUUUGCCCGGAUGUCGUGGUGGCUCAGAUCGAUCCGAGGAAACUGAAGAAAAACCAAACUGUAAAUGUUUCUGUGUCGGAGUGUCGUGCCGCGCCGCAGGGUUUCUCUCCCAGCCUGCAGUGGCAACGGCAACAAGUCAGCGACUUCUCUCAAAUCCGACAGAGUGCCUCUAAACACCAGCAGCACUGGAAAGCCCAGUUUCUGGACGACAAUGUUGUCAUGCCCAAAGCAGACGAUGAAGACGGAUGGAGGAGAUUUUGUUUGGGGGCAAAUAUUUAUCUGAAUGUCACACAGAGUGAAGGAGACACACAGAGUCCAGGGCUCGAUUAUGUCAAGCUCGGCUUCCCUCCAUUCCUCAGCAUCGUCAGCAAACUCCCUCAGUCCACCGUCUCGUCCGUGCUCGAGUACCUGAUCAGCUGGUUCGAGGAGAACGACUUCGUUCCACAGCUGGGCAGAUGGCUUUAUGCUUUACUGGCGUGUCUUGAGAAACCUCUUCUUCCUGAAGCACAUUCACUCAUCAGACAGCUGGCGAGGAGAUGCUCUGCAGUGAGGGCUCACCUGGAGAAUAAAGACGACGAGCGUUUACCAGCACUGAACCUGAUGAUCUGUAUAGUAGCGAGGUAUUUUGAACAAAAUGAUUUGGCUGACAGGGAGUGAAGACGGAGCUGAAGGUGAUGCCCGAGCUUCUGGACACGGCUUUUCAAUACUGUACACUUUUUUGUAUUUGUUUGUAUGGCUGGUGUGGAAAAAAAAGAUGAUUUAAGUAAUUCCGAAUAUUUUCUGACAUCCAGCUUUGUCACCCAACCUCCCCCCCUCCCCCCCUCCCCCCCAGUAUUCUGGAUCUCUUUCAAAAUGAUGACUCUGAUAAAUGUAUAAAUGGAAAAAAAAAAUUAGUACUCUACUGAAAUAAACUCUUACAUUAACACUUUAGGAACAGAUUUAUUCUCUCUUUCUCUGUUACUAUUUUGUUUUAUGUUUAAAUUUCAUGUCAGACUUUAAAUAAAAUAAAUAUAUUUUUUAUUGUUUUUGU